GCGAACAAACGUAAGCGGCAUUCAGAAACUAAACUACGCCACGCAAAACGCAACCAUGGAGGCCGGCUCGGGUCGCUUACUUGGCGAUUGGAAAAUAAAUUCACAGGCUGUUCGUGUCUACGAAAUAAGGUAUGCACAGCCAGGGAGUUAUGGUGUUCGGAUCGACUACAAACCCAAAAGAUCCGAUCAGUACAAAGUGUACGGCAUGCUGAGUGCGAAUAUGCCAAAUGUGACGCUUGAGCCGGGAGAAUUUGUUGUGAAUUGUCAUCAGGACCAAAUGAAACAUCAUUGGCAAGACUUGAUGGGUUUUCCGGAGUUCGAGGACACAAAGAAAACGGUUCCCCACAUUCAGAACAAUCGAGUGUUCCUUUGUCCUGUAUGGCGCUUCAUGAGUCACGACUGUAUGCCCGAGGGAGGUGGGGUCAGGGAGCAAGGAUGCGUCCCCCACACGGGGAUAGUGGAGUCGCUCUACCUCGAGAUCAAGGACCUGGUGAAGAGUGAGCCCACGGAUUACGAGAUAGCGGAGUUGCUUAUCGGCCUCAAGGCGGCAGACGCGGGGAUUGUCCACGAGAGGUCGAUACUAAGUGACCCAACUGCUGCCGAACAGAGAAACGAAAACAAUAAUACGGAUAAUACAAAUGAGGCUAUACCGUUGGAUUAAUCUAGUUCAUUUAAUUCUGAUCCAUUUAUAUUACUUCGUAACAUGCUUUCUGUACUAAGCGGUACGAGAACCCUUGAAAAGCAAGGCACUAGCUUGUCAAAUCUUUUUUAUUUAUUUUUUAAUGAUUCAUAUGAUGACGGAUUGGCUAAAAUAUGAAAUCUUGGGCAUGCGCGCGUUGCGGGCUUGGCGGUAUUCAAUAUCUCGCGGAUAUUGACCUUUUGGGAACCAAUCAGAUUCACGAUAACUGUAAUUAAACUGUAACUGAUAAUUAUAGAUUUCUCUUUCCGUA